AUGGGCUCUGUCAGGGUGACGCAGCAGUGGCGACUGAGGCAAAGCCUGCAGGUGCCAGUCCGUGGGGGCAGCGCCUGGUCCGUGGCCGACAUCCUGACGGAGGACGACGAGCAGGACCGAGUGCCGCUGCAGAAGCUCGAGCUCCUGGGGGAAUCGGAGGAGCUAAGAGGCUUGCUCCUGAACCCGCACCUCCAGCAGCUACUGCUAACAAUAGAUAAAGCAGAAGAAAAAAGCGCUCUCAUGAAAAAGUACAUGCAGGAGCCGUUAUUCGUUGAGUUUGCAGACUGCUGUUUGAGAAUUGUGGAACCCCCAGAGAAGGAGAACAUUCUUCCUGAGUGAGCUACUUGGGGAACGUUUUUCUUUCCCUGAAGCUUUU